CAGCUGCUUCCCUUCCAGCUCCUUGCUUGUGGCCUGGGAAAGCAGUUGAAGAUGGCCCAAAGCUUUAGGACCCUGCACCUGAGUGGAAGACAUGGAAGAAGCUCCUGGCUCCUGGUUUCAGAUCAACUUAGCUCCAGCCAUUGCAGCCACUUUGGGAGUCAACCAACAGGUGAAUAUCUUUCUGUUUCUCCUUCUCUCUGUUAAUCUGUCUUUCCAAUAAAAAUAAAAUCUUUUUAAAAAGGAUUAAAAAUUCCUUCUGACGGCAUGACCGCCCUUCGUGGGUUAUUACAGCACAUGACCCAAAUGUCCUGACUCUGAGGCCCCAACCCACCCCUCAGUAUCCGGUUCCAUGAGGGUAGGAGUCUAGCAGGUGCAUGACUGGGAAGCCCUUUGAGCGGUCCAGGAGGACUGAUUCCUACAGGGAACGCAGGCACACCUCAGCAAAUCUCUUUAGGUCAAAAACCCUGUCGGAGGGGUCCAGAUCUCAGAGUGGUCCAGCCGCCUCCUCCCCAUGCCUCUCCUUCAGAAGCUGCAGCGGUGCGGCCCUACCCUGCACUCCCCAGGGGCGUGCCCCUUGGUGAGCUGCGUUCCGCCUCCUCUUUGGUUCUGGAGGGUGGGGGUGGGUAAGCAGGGGCUGGAACUGAUUAGCUCGGAGGGGAAAGCCUUGGAGGGACAGGAGGAGGAACAGGAGCAGAAAGGAAGGCGCGGAUCCAGCUGCCGCCUCCCAUUCCAGGCUUCUACCCGGUUCCUGCCAGGCGCAUUAUGGGGUCCCCUUCCAGCCCCGGCUUUUACUUGAGCCGCGUGGUGGCCCUGCUGCUGGCCGGGCUGGUUGCCGCGCUCCUUCUAGCGCUGGCCGUGCUGGCUGCCCUGUUCGGGCACUGUGCGCGCACCCCGCUGUCGGAGUCCAAAGUCUUGGGGGUCCCCGGCUCUGCGUCCUCCCCUCCCAGCCGGCAAGAGGAAACCCGACCGACUCCAAAGUCCGGCUCUGCCCAGGACAGGGCGGCGAUGACCCCCUCGAGCGAGUGGCGCCCCCCGGGCCCUUGGGAUCAGUUGCGGCUGCCGUCCUGGGUCGUACCUCUGCACUAUGACCUGGAGCUGUGGCCCCGCCUGCAGCCCGAUGCGCUCCCGGAGCCGGGGCUGCGAUUCAGCGGCUGCGUGAACAUCACCGUGCGCUGCACGGCGGCCACCACGCGGCUGCUCUUGCACAGCCUCUUCCUGGACUAUGAGCUCGCUGAAGUGCUCGGUCCCCUGCCUCCAGGCACCAGGGGCACCUCCGUGGGCCGUGUGCAGGUGAACGACGUGUGGUUCGCGCUGGACACGCAGUAUAUGGUGCUGGAACUGGGAGAGGCGCUGCAGCCUGGGUCCCGCUACGAGCUCCGGCUUGCCUUCUCCGGCCCUGUGCUCGUGGACGCCAGAGAGGGGCUGUUCCUUAAUGUCUACACCGACCAAGGCAAGCGCAGGGCCCUGAUCGCCUCGCAGAUGGAGCCUACGUUCGCCCGGAGUGUCUUCCCUUGUUUUGACGAGCCAGCUCUAAAGGCCACCUUCCGCAUCACAGUGGUCCACCAUCCGGCUUAUGUGGCACUCUCCAACAUGCCAGUGCUGGGUCAGUCGGAAAGGGAAGACGUGAACGGCACCAAGUGGACGGUCACAACCUUCCACACCACGCCCAGCAUGCCCACCUAUGUGGUCGCCGUUGCCAUCUGUGACUUUAACUCUGUCAGCCAGACCGAGCGGGGGAAGGAGGUACGCAUCUGGGCGCGGAAGGAAGCCAUCACAGAUGGACACGCAGACUUCGCCUUGAACAUCACCGGGCCCAUCUUCUCUUUUCUGGAGGAUUUGUUUAAUAUCAGUUAUCCUCUUCCCAAAACAGAUUUAAUUGCCUUGCCUGUUUUUGACAAGCAUGCGAUGGAAAACUGGGGCCUGAUGAUGUUUGAUGAAUCUCUGUUGUUGCUGCGGCCCAGUGACCAGCUGACAGAGAGAAAGGCUAUGAUCACCUACAUCGUCUCCCAUGAGAUCGGACACCAGUGGUUUGGAAACUUGGUUACCAUGGACUGGUGGAACAAUCUCUGGCUCAGUGAGGGCUUUGCAUCUUAUUUGGAACUUGGAGUGAUUAACUACCUCAAUCCCAAACUCCCAAGAAAUGAGAUAUUUUUAGCCAACAUUUUGCACAUUAUUCUCGGAGAAGAUCACGCCUUGGUGACCAGAGCUGUGUCCUCGAGAGUGGGAAAUUUCACAGACACGAGUGAAAUCAAUGAGCUCUUUGAUCUGUUCACAUACCACAAGGGAGCGUCUCUGGCCAGGAUGCUCCACAACUUCCUGGGUGAGCGUGUCUUUAUCACAGCCCUCAAGUCCUAUCUGGAGGCUUUUUCUUACUCGAAUGCUGAGCAAGAUGAUUUGUGGAGACAUUUCCAAAUGGCCAUAGAGGACCAGAGUACAAUUGUCUUGCCAAUGACAGUGAAAAGCAUAAUGGACAGCUGGACACACCGGAGUGGAUUUCCAGUUGUCACUUUAAAUGUAUCCACGGGCGUUGUGCGACAGGAGCCGUUUUAUCUGGGAAAGGUUCAGACCCUUGUCACCCAUAAUGACACAUGGAUUAUUCCUAUUCUUUGGAUAAAAAAUGGAACUACACAAUCUUUAGUCUGGCUAGAUAAAAGCAGCAAAGCGUUUCCUGAAAUGCAAGUUACAGAUUCUGACCAUGACUGGGUGAUUUUAAAUUCUAACAUGACUGGAUAUUACAGAGUUAAUUAUGAUAACUUGGGUUGGAAGAAAUUACAACAACAGCUUGAAACAGAUCCCAAGGCCAUUCCUGUGGUUCACAGGCUGCAGCUGAUUGAUGAUGCCUUUUCCUUAUCCAAAAAUAAUUAUAUUGGCAUCGAAACGGCACUUGAUUUAACCAAGUACCUUGCUGAAGAAGAUGAAAUCAUAGUAUGGCGUGCAGUCUUGGAAAACUUGGUAACCAGUGAUCUUGUUUCUGAUGCAAGCAACUAUGAUAUGUACCCAUUAUUAAAGAAGUAUCUAUUAAAGAGAAUCAAGUCAAUUUGGACUAUUUACUCAACUAUAAUCCGUGAAAAUGUGGUGGUCUUACAAGAUGACUAUUUAGCUCUAAUAUCCCUGGAGAAACUCUUUGGAACUGCAUGUUGGUUGGGCCUUGAAGACUGUCUUGGGCUGUCACGAGAACUCUUCCGGAAAUGGAUGACCCACCCACAGGAUGAAAUACCAUGUCCAAUUAAAACUGUGAUUCUAUGUUAUGGCAUUGCCUUGGGAAGUGAUGAAGAAUGGGACUUUCUGUUCAGCGUCUAUGUUAAUAACACAGUGGAAGAAGAAAGGAUGCAGUUUGCUUAUGCCUUGAGCUGCAGUAAAGAUCCAUGGAUACUUAACAGGUAUUUGGAAUAUGCCAUCACUACAUCUCCACUUGUUUUCAAUGAAACGAAUGUGAUUGAAACCGUGGCUGCCUCCGAAGUUGGCCGGUACGUCGCCAAGGACUUUUUAAUCAACCACUGGCAGGCUGUGAGUGAAAGGUACGGAGCCCCGUCGCUGAUCGCUCUCAUGUACACAAUUGGGAGGACAGUAAGUACAGACGCACAGAUCACAGAGCUGCAGCAGUUUUUCAGUGACAUGUUGGAGGAGCCCCAGAGACUCACAGUCCAUGCCAAACUACAGACCAUAAAGAACGAAAACCUGGAAAACAGACAGCGGAGUGCCAGGAUCGCUGCUUGGUUACAGAAGCACACCUAGCUCUUGCUUCCUUCUGGCCCGCCUCCUGUGUGUUACCAUGGAGUCUGCUCACAGCUUUCUUUCGGUGCUCUGUGAGUCUGGGACACUUCACAUGUUGAUUGUUGUAUUUCAGCCACACAUACCAGGGCCCUGUUCCUCCUAUAGCGUCACGCUGCAGCUCAGCCACCACUUGGGACUCUCAGCACUGCCAGAUCUCUGGAGCAGAUUUUACUUGGCAUUGGGCAAUAAACCCACAAGAUUUACUUUGAACGUCUUGUAAACGCAAAUUCGCCUAACAAAAUCUAGCUUAUUCUGUUGUGAAGGCCACCAGAAUAUUAAAUCCUUGGCAUUGCUGAAGAGUGCAGUCUUUUCUGAGGGAAAUAUAGGUCUGCAAUUUUCAGGGUUUGCAUAGCUUGGUACUGGGAUGGUAAUGACAGAGUAAUGUGAUAGUGAAAGCAGCAGAAACCAGAGAGAACAUUCACCAGA